UUGGAAGUGUUGUACAUUUUCCUACCAAUCUAAAAUCUGCUCCGGUUUCCGUCUUCUCUGUCCCGUUGCGUGAAAACGGUGGACGUAAAAGUGAAUUCCGAAUUGUGAUACAUAAUUUACUGCACAUUGCCCCCUUUGUUAAUCGCUAGUACAACGGUCGCUGCGUGAAUCCGAUUCGUCAGCGACUUCCGAUCCGUGUUAAUUUGGUGUGCUGGAAAGAAAAUCGAAGCAAAACCCCGACGUCGUGCCCGUGCCGUCAAUACCCGGAGGAACCGUGUGAAGGAAAACAGAUUUUCCACGACCGACAAUGAGUCCCGAAUAUGAUUACUUGUUUAAGCUGCUGCUGAUCGGUGAUUCCGGUGUUGGAAAGUCAUGCCUGCUGCUAAGAUUUGCCGACGAUACAUACACGGAAAGUUACAUCAGCACAAUUGGUGUAGAUUUUAAAAUUCGAACCAUAGAUCUGGAUGGAAAAACAAUCAAAUUGCAAAUUUGGGAUACUGCCGGUCAGGAACGCUUCCGGACGAUAACGUCGUCCUACUAUCGCGGUGCACAUGGUAUCAUCGUGGUGUACGAUUGUACCGAUCACGAUUCGUUCGAGAACGUAAAGCAAUGGUUGGAGGAAAUCGAGCGCUAUGCUUGCGACAACGUAAACAAACUGCUAGUGGGCAACAAGUGUGAUCUGCAGACGAAGAAACGUGUCGAUACUACAACGGCAAUGGAAUUGGCAAAUCAAUUGGGCAUUCCGUUCCUUGAGACUUCAGCAAAAAAUGCCACCAACGUAGAGCAGGCAUUCAUGACCAUGGCGGCCGAAAUCAAGAAUCGCGUAGGACCCCCGUCCAGUGCCGCAGAUCCGCCAAGUGCUGUAAAGAUCGACAAGGGACGCAACGUGGAGGCAAAGUCGGGCUGUUGCUGAACACCAGAUUAUUUCGGGUCAGCAGUUAUUAUUAUGAUUAUCAUCCUCUCAAACCGAUCGACCACCACGCUCCUUUCCCUAAAAAAAACGCUACAUGCCAGUCGCAACAGCAGCAGCAACAGCAGCAGCAGCAUGAUUGAAUUCAACAACAGCAGAAAUAAACUCUCAAACACAGCAGAAAAAGGUUCUAGAGAGAAAAGGCAUAGAUAAACUGCUGGAGUAAAACAAAAACACCACAACACCCCCAACACAUACAUCAAAUUACUACCCAAAACGAUUCCUUCCAACAUAACCGCGGCACGAGGCGCGUAACAACUAGCCACAGGAAGGAACGAUCCGUUGUGUGGCAGGUGUUGCUUUAUUGUCUCUAUGCGCAAUCGUAAUACGUUUUCUUUUACGAUCCCUCUUCACGUGUCUUCAGUUUCACACAUACAUACACACACAUACAUCUUGGUGGAUAGAUUAUUGCUAUAAUAAUUUUAUCUCUAUAUGAUUUAUCAAUACAAAGUAAAUUUUUUGUUCUGGGGAGCAAACUUGAGCGUAUGGUCGUCGUGUCCGUGUAAUGAAAAAAAAAGAAACGGGGAAAGCAGCAAAGCAAAACGUGUGUGCAGAGUGACACGUGGUGCAAUGCCUUUUUGCCUACACAAACGGUGUCAGAGUCCGUAAAAGGAAGGUAGAAUUAUAAAUAUCAUAAGAUCGAAAGCGGCUAACGUAUAUGCUUGGAUGCAUCAUUACUGCAUGAUGCGUUAUUAUUUUUGUUUUUUCGUCUUCGGAAGCCUGUGGACAAGGGAUUUAGUUGAAAUUCUGUAAACCAUGAUCCACGCAUUCAAGCAUUCGAUUGUAGCGGUUCAUCGAAGAGAGGUGCAUAAUAGCAAACCCCACAAAAAAACAACAAAACACAACACACACACACAUAAACAAAACAAGCAAACUAAAAGAGACAUAAUAAAUAGUGGAAAUUGGA